AUGCCAAAUCCACUUUUGCUCCCGGAAAUUGUGGCGUCUGUCAUCGACAAUGUCCACCUGGUCCCAGAUCUCUUGAACUGCGCCUGCGUGAACCGCAUGUGGAGUGUGGCAGCUCUGAAAAAGCUCUACAGGGGGUCUCUAAAUGAUAUGCAGUUCCGCACACCUGACAUUGGAUCACUUAACUGCCUCUUUGUAGCAUCACGAGAGCGCUUCGCUCGAAAUAUGAGCUUUGUGAAGCAUCUUCUCCUUUCUCCAGACGCAAUCGCACUUGACCAAAUCGGAAGAACAAACAUCGUAUGCCAUGAGAAAUGUCGCCCGUUGCGCCAUCGCAAACAUGCGAAGCUCCUUUUGCAGCCGCAAGGAAGUGGUCUUACCAGCCUCGUCGUCCCCUACAAGAUGAAGGGUCAAGAUUGGUCUACCAUUUCCGAUCUCCUUUUCACACCAACCAUUGAGUACUUAGCUAUUGAUAGCUUCUACUGUGCACUGGUGAUGAACGGCGCCAGCUAUUCUCAAGGAUCGAUCAUCCCUACUCGGGUAAAGUUCUCAAACCUCAAAGCUCUCAUAAUCUACAAACCAGAUGGUGGUCCGGGGAUUUAUGAGCUUUGCCAAAUGCUUCGAUGUUGCGAUUUGCAGUUCUUCCACCUUGAGGAAACGGCUCACAGCCGUGCUGAUCGCAUGAGCCGAUACGACCUUGCGGAAGUCCUGUUGUGCCUUCGACAACACCAAAAUCUGGAGACGUUGGCGCUGAUCGUCCCUCAUUGUUCUCCACCCUUGGAAUCAACAAGAGUAGAGGAGCAGGUAAACCCAUGGCCGAGGUUAAAGGCAUUGUACCUUGCAGAGCGGCCCCAAGAAUGGCUAGAGCUAUUGCCAACGUUGGACGAGCUUCAAAUCCUCAACCUGCUAGACCUCGGACCCAGGUCCUCCACUAUCAACCAGACUGUACUUGGAAACAUUGCAAAAUGCAGAAAUCUACGGGCCAUCGACCUUAAUAUCCGUGACCUUGACAAUGUAGAAGCACUCCUUGAGAUUGCGCGCGGCUGCCCGCUUUUACAGAAGUUUCGUGUGAAGGACGUACGCUUUAGUGGGGAACCUUGUCUGGGAGAAGACCUGUUUCUUGAUCUGCUGCGUGCCCUGCCUCAUCUAGAGUUCCUUGAUCUUGAUGCGAAAUUCCAGAUGGACGGUGAAAAGCUUCGAGAGCUUGUCCAUCACUGCCCGCGACUCGUCGUGCUUGACCUGCGUUACACUCAAUUGCACCUCUCUCUCGACACAAUGAUAGGGUUGCAUCCCUUCCGGCAGUUAGAGACCAUGAUGUUUGCACACAUAUACUUCGAGGAUCUACCACGCUUGCAAAGCGAUGCCAUCCUCACCAUUGCGACGUUGUGGCGCAGGAUAUUCCCAAGGCUGCGAGAUGUGCGAUGCCAUUCGGACCCGCCGUAUACGAUGGAGGAUGAUUGGAGCGAGGAAUCAGAAGCAGAUAAUGACGGUAUGAGUGAUGAUGACGACACGUCACUCUCGUCAAUUAGCGACUUCGUGGCCAACUCUGACGGCCAGAAGUGUGAACAGUAUACUUUACGAAGGAAACUCUGGAGGGUCCUUGGUUAUGGGAAAGCCCUGGAUAUUAAUCAUAAGAUCAUAUAUAUGUGGCAGACCAAUCUGGAGAUCAAGACGAUUGGCUGGCCUGUGGUGCCUUUGGCAGCGUUCUCCGAUCCAGAAGCAUACUCCACGAGUACUAGAUGUGGUUGGUAA